GGCGUCGCAAAUGUGCUGGAUCACAAGAUCCUUUUGUUUGACGAAGUCCAUCACUUGAUUCAACCAAGCCUGUAUGCCAAGCAGCUGGAGGGUCUACGCCACAAUCUAUUGACUGCUCACCACACUGUGGCUGUGGGCUUCACGGGAACAUUGGCACUGGAUAACCCACAGGAGGGGCGGAACCUGCUGGACCUUCUAAAGGGAGGGGCCGAUUCCGAUGAAGGUUUUCUGUCAUCUUUGGCCAGUCGUCCACGCUUGCUAUUCGCAGAGGCAUUUCCACAGGGUGUUCCAGAUGGCGUGCUCAGCCACCAGCUCCAGGAGAAACUGGUGCAUCGAAUUCCUUUGACCGGUGAAAGCUUGGUGUCCUACGAUUUGAAAGUCCAGAAGGGCAUGGUUGGGAAGCGGCUGUCAUCCUAUUGCAACGUGUGCUCCUACGUGUCAAGCUUCGGGAUGGCAUUCGAGACGAGAAACUGCCAGUUUGUAGCCGUACUAUUUGCGCAUUUGAUGUUUAGCCG